UAGCAGCAGCGUAGGAAGGUCGCGUUAGCAAAAAACUGACAGUUAGAAAAAACUUGUACCCUCAGAAAAUAGGUGAACUCGAAAAAGCUCCUCAACCGGCCCGUGAAUUGAAUCAACAAGCAAACAUGUUUCGGUGGUGGGGAUCAAACCCACAACACCUUCAUCAGUGCAUGAGCUGGUAAUGAAAAAGGAAACCUCCGAGCGAGGGGUCUUAAAAAGACACCCAAGCCUCGAGAUCUACUCUGGGGAAAUCCUACCCGGGCCCACAACUAGAUAAGAAGUAAGCCAACAAAGCACUGCGGACAAAACCUAGGUGCCCUGUCAUUCUUCGGGUUUGUCCUCGGGAGCCUUGGAACCUGCAGGUGGUAACCUCGCGCGAACCAAAAGUUGUUGCACCUACUAUUCCUUCUUUUGCGGGCAGCCCGGAAUAUUCGCUCUAGGGGCGGUCAUAGCCCACCUGCAGCAGUGCCAGCACGACAGCGAGAACUUUCUGCGAAGCUUCCUCGACCUCGUCACUGAUGCACUCCCUGCCCUCUCCCAGCGCCCCUCCUCGCCCAAUGACAUCGCGCCAGCUGGCAUUCCCUACGAGCUGCUGUACGGGCGGGCAGGCCUGCUGUGGGCGGCACUGUUCAUUCGCAAGUAUCUCGGACAUGCUGCAGUUCCUGAUUCUGUUUGCCGCCCGAUCUUGGAAGCAAUCAUUGCUGGCGGGCGGUUCUUUGCCCAGGAGUGGUACCCUCCCUUCCAGGCCAUGUCUCCCACCUCCCGCCCUCACUCCCCAACCUCACCUCCUCACUCCCGCCACCAAAAGCGGCGCAAGGACAGUGGGGGCGGGCAACUGCCAGGCGGCAACUACCCCUCCAGUGAGGAGAGACGCCUCGCUGCCGCUGCUCCCGUGGUGGGCGCUGCUGCUGCUGCUGCUGGUGAUGCCGAGGGGGGUGCAGGCAGGGCAGCAGCAGCCGCGGACAAGUUGGUGCAGUGGUGCCACGGGGCGCCUGGAGUGGCCAUGGCGCUUGCCAACGCCGCCAUGGCACACCCGUCUAGGCGUGACCUGCUGGCAGCGGCGGUGGCAGCGGGCGAGGUGGUGUGGCAGCGCGGCCUGCUGCGCAAGAUGGGUGUGUGCCACGGCAUCGCUGGCAACACCUACGUCUUCCUCUCCCUCCACCGCGCCACCACCGCUCUCUGCCCAUCCACCACCCACACCACCCACGGCAGCCACACCAGCCACAGCAGCAGGGACGAGGCUACCACUCCCGAGCUCCCCCCUCCCUCCGCCCACCUGCACCGAGCGCGUGCAUUCGCCGCCUUCCUCCUCGCCCACCGCCAGCGCCUCGCAGAUGCCGCCCUGCUGCACUGCGGCGACCGCCCCUUCUCCCUCAUGGAGGGCCUGGGCGGCGUCGCUUGUCUCUUCCUGGACGUCGCCCGGCCAGAGCAUGCGGGCUUCCCGGGUUUCGAGCUGUGACUGGCAGGUGGGGCAGGGCGGUGGUAGGGGUGUCGCAGCAGCGAGGCAGAAUCGAGGUGACUGGCAUGAGGGCCAUGGAUGGGCCACGGAUGGGCCACGGAUGGGCCACGGAUGGGCCACGGAUGGGCCACGGAUGGGCCACGGAUGGGCCACGGAUGGGACAGGGGGGCAUUGAUUUGCAGCACGAUGGUGAAGCAGCAGCAGUGUGCCGCUCCUUGAUUUGUAAAUACGGCCUGUGGAUCCGUUCAUGGAUCCAGUGGUCAACACGCAUGUGGAUCCAACUUUUGAGGCGCCUCAAAAAUAGACUCCUCACGCAUGUGGAUCCAACUUUUGAGGCGCCUCAAAAAUAGACUCCUCACGCAUGUGGAUCCAACUUUUGAGGCGCCUCAAAAAUAGACUCCUCACGCAUGU